AUGAUAGGCAUAAAUUCAUAAAUCAAAAAAAAUUAGUUUGACACAAGUUAUAAAAUAAUCUUAAGACAAAAAUAAUAGAAGUUCCAACUGAUUAAUAGGAUUAAUUUAGCAACAUUCUCAACCAUUAAUUAUGAGCCUUCAAUAAGAGAAGAAAAGAAAUUCUAUCCUUAUCAUCAUAAUUAAUAUUAUUUGCUCCUUUCGAAACUCUUCUUUCCAGAUCUAACAGGAUAUUCAUUAUUUGAAAAAAAUUAAAAAAAGAACGCUUACCAAAAUUAUCAUAUUGGGAAGAUCUAAAAUAAAAUGAUGAGGAUUCUUAAAAAAUUGAGUAACAAAAUAAAAGAAAAAGUAUCUGUUACGAUUUAAUAAACAUAAUAUUUUUGCUAAUUAAAAUUUAUUAUCUUAGAUUUUUUACUUAUUAUUGAAGCUCCAGCAAAGAAUUGGGAAUCUAUCACAAUGAAUAAAGUAGUUAAAAUUGCUUUAAAAAAUCAAAAGGAUGAUGCAUAUCCAUCCGUUCUAAACCUAUUGUGUGUGUUUUUUUAACUAGCAUAAUUAUAAUUUGGCAAAGAUUUUCUCAAUCAAAGCAAGGAUUAUUCUUAUUAAUUUAGUUUAUUAAAAGUUAACUAAAUUAAGUGCUUAUUCAAUAGCUGAAGCGAAUAGGUAAAAAUUUUAAUUUAGCCUCUGGUGAUAUCAAUUAUCCUAAAUAUGUCUUUAUUAAAGUCCAUUUAGUAUUAGAAUAAUCUAUAGUAGUGUUUGUUUUUUGUCCAUGAUUUUUGGAUACUACAUAUUAUGAUAUAGAUUUAAUCGGCCUAUUGGCUUGAUUGCACUCGCAAUGAAAGUGAAUCCCUAGAAAUAAAAUUGGAUUUGACCUAGAAUUCAGUUAAAGAAUUUUCCGUCUUAUUGGAUUAGAAAUUUAUUCAGGAGAAGCUUGGGGCCUGUAUUGGUAGAGUUGGUUAUUUCUGUAGAUAGUGGCUCUUCAAAAAUUGA